ACGAGCCUUCGCUGGUCGUGGUUGCGUGUCGCCGCCUUGCGCCCAGACUUCCUCCUUCAAUCUUCGUCGAUCGAGUGUGUUUUGCAUAAAACAGAUGUGCAUCCAUUAACAACAAAUGAUAAUUAUGUGACCCGUAUUUCUUUGGCAGUCAACAGGAUACUAAUGAGAAAAUGGGUGAGAUAGAGACAAGGACUUAUUAAGGAAAUUUUAAUAUGUUCAUGUGUUCAGGGUCCUGUUAAGGUCCUAUGAUAAUUGGACCAAAGUCAAGUGGCGUUUACAGUGUUCAUAAAAGAUUUAUAAAAAAAAAUGUGGGAACCUCGUCAUAGUAAGGAAAUAAAAGUGUAACGAAGGAGUACUUAACAAAGCGGAAAGAUUUGUUGUUAUUAUUCUUAAUUUUGUUUUUAUAUUCAUGUUAAGAGCUCUGUUUUUUUUUAGACAUCAGGAAGAAGAUUAAAGUGAAAACAUAUUACUAUUAGUUCUAUAGCUCAGAGGAGCCCCCAAGCACGCAUAAAAAGUAGUAAUGAUAAGGUGAAAAUAUACUAGUGUUAGUUUUAUUGGUCCAGGGGAGCCCCCAGGCUGGGAACAGCCAAUCAGCGUGCGGAAGGGAAAACGAGACACCAGCCAAUCACCUCGAGGAUAACAUCCAUUCAAGGAUCUCACGAGGCAGGAGAAAUAGGAUUCCCGUUUUCUGUUCAUAUCCCUGUUAUUAUCAUCCCCUCCCGGGCAGGCGUGGAAACGAUAUGUGUUAUUUCAUUUUCUGAAGAGAGACCUCGCUGACGGGGAUAAGAUGCGAAUCCUGUGUCCCUCGCAGAGCGGGAGACCCGUCAUGGAGAUGGUGAUCGACCUCCUGACGGCGAUGGUUGUUCUAACGGCGGCGGUGGGACCUUUGGGGGUUAAGGCUCUGCCGAAAGUCGAAGAUCGAAACUACUGGUACAACCAGGCGAAGGAGCAGAUGGAGAGUCUCCUGGAAGCCACCAGGACGAGUAAAGGAUAUGCCAAGAACGUCAUCCUGUUCGUGGGCGAUGGGAUGGGUAUUUCCACAGUCACAGCCAGCAGAAUACUCAAGGGUCAGCGGCUGGGGUACAGCGGUGAGGAUUAUAAACUCUCCUUCGAGAAAUUUCCCUUCGUCGCCUUAGCGAAGACAUACAACCUAGACGCCCAGAUAGGCGACAGCUCGGCCUGUGCGACAGCUCUCAUGUGCGGAGUGAAGGCCAACGUGAACACAGUGGGUCUUGACCAUCGGGGCAAGUUCGAAGAUUGUCUCUCGUCCUACACAGCUGGGGCCACGUCGCUCAUCGACUGGGCCCAGAAAUACGGCAAAAGCACAGGCAUCGUAACCAACACGAGACUCACCCACGGGACGCCAUCGGCCCUCUACGCCAAGUCCCCCUCGAGGUACUGGGAGGACGACGCGAAGGUGCCCUCACAAACGCAGGUCACCUGCAAAGACAUUGCCAGACAGCUCGUCGAGAAUGAGCCUGGCAAGAAUAUCAAUGUCCUACUGGGUGGAGGCCGUCGGCACUGGAUACCUAUGACGGAAUACGACAGGGAGGAGCGAGACCAGAGGGGACGGCGAACAGACGGGCGGAAUCUUUUGGACGACUGGGUGCACGACAAGAAGGCGAGGGAGCUGCACGCCGAAUAUGUCUGGAAUAAAGCUCAGUUCGAGAGCAUAGAUGCCAGACGGACGGACUACUUACUUGGUCUCUUCGGGUACUCCCACCUGGACUUCGAAGUGGACCGCAACAGAGGGCCUUCGGGAGACCCCUCCCUGGCAGAGAUGACUGCCAAGGCGAUCCAGAUCCUGAAGAAGAACCCUCACGGGUUCCUACUGAUGGUGGAAGGAGGUCGGAUAGACCACGCCCACCACCACAACAACGGGCGCCGCGCCCUGGAGGAGGUGGACGCCCUGGACGACGCCGUGGUCGCGGCACUGAACGCUACUUCCGUCAAGGACACCCUGACGGUGGUCACAGCUGAUCACUCCCACGUGUUUACCUUGGGAGGCGAUAAUACUCCCAGGGGACAUCCUGUCACAGGUAUGGAUAUCGAGAUGAGUGACUUAGACGGGAAACCUUACACGACUCUGCUCUAUAGCAACGGUCCUGGGUACGCCCACGCCACGCCCACUGGGAGGCAGGAUCUCACAGGCUUCAACACCCACGACAUCAACUUCGUGCAGCAGACAGCUGUUCCGAGAAAGUACGAGACACACGGCGGGGAAGACGUGCCCGUGUACGCCCAGGGCCCCGGGUCCCACCUCUUCACGGGCACGAUAGAGCAGACGUACAUAGCCCACGCCAUCGCCCACUCGGCCUGCAUCUCCGAGGACGUGAGCCACUGCGAGAAGCCUCCGAGCGACGACGCAUGCGCGGCCGGUCUCGAACCUGGCCCCCUGCCAGCCUCCCGCCGGCCACUGCCUCACACGACGUCGGGCAGUCAGGACAGGAAGCACUCCCGCGACCCCUGGGGGAGGAGUCCGGCCUCCACGUGGGUCCUGCCGAUCUGGGACUGCUACCGAAUGGUGGUCUGGGUUUUUCUGCCUGUUGUUCAGACGCUUCGGGGUUACGUGUGAUGAUGCAGAAGGACUUUUAUUUAUUUAUUUAUUGUGUGUGGUUACGAUGAUUGAUGAAGAUGAUGGUACCUACAG